UUGCGCUAUCCUACAGCUCCGACCACAGCUCACAAGAAGGUCGCUUCCACUAGCAUCGCACCGAGGCAGAGAAGCCACCGCAACACGAAAUCAUGCUGGGACAAGCUGUGCGACGUUUCGCAACGUCCGCCGUUCGUUCUUCACACUACUCCGAAGGACCGGGGAAGAACCUGCCAUUUUCUGUGGAGAAUAAGUGGCGUCUGCUGGGCAUGAUGGUGGUGUUCUUUGGCAGUGGCUUCGUGUUCCCCUUCAUCGUUGUCAGACAUCAGAUCCUGAAGAAGUAAAAUGGCCCAGUGCCGUUUGUCUGCCUACAAGGUCGUCACCUGGAACAUAUUUAUCCAUCAGAGUUCUGUCCCUGCAGAAGAAUGGGAAUCUCUUAUUUUUCUUUGUAAAUAAAGUUUUCCUCAAAUAUG